AUGGUUAUCUUCUGGUGGUGUGUGUUCUCAUUAUCCUUGCUGUCAUCCAUAUGCGGAACUCUACAUUUACACAGAUUAUGUCACGUAAGUAGAGUUUUAAUUUCCACUGUGUUACAGGUUGCUGAAUCUUACCCAAAAUCAAGAGCAAAAGAUCUUUUUGAAGCUGAAAUUACUUUGAUCAACAGGGGACUAAAAGUUUUUCCAAACUCUGGGUGGAGUAUAUUUUUUAACCAGGUACUUUUAAACUGCCCCAGAACCAGGAGUCCACUUCAUCACUGGAAUGGAGAACUGUACAGCCUGGAACCCACGGACACAUUUUCAGACAUAAACCCUGGUGAUGUUAAAGCCAUCCGCUACUACAGCAGAUGUUGCAGCGUGACUUUUACUGAUGCACUUCCAAACUGGCCUGUGAAAAUAGUUGCAUACAACCCUUCUUCAACAGUAAAUGUGCUCAGCGGUGGAUGGGAGAUUGUGUCUGAUUCCCUCUUCAACACCUCUGUCUCAGCUCUACAGGAAAAAUGGAAGCUUAGCCUAACAAAAUCACUGCCCAAGCAUAAAUACAUUCAUUUAAUCAACAUGGAAGUCUCAGUUGAAUCAAAUGGUAGACAACUGGCAAAAAAUGAAGCAUAUGAGCUUUCGGUGAGUCCAGCAACAGAGUCUAUUACAGUCAAAGCUUCACAUGCUGCUGGUGCCUUUUAUGCCAUACAGUCUCUUUUCAGUCUAACAGACGAAGAGGGAAAUAUCCCAGAAACAACAAUUACAGAUGGGCCUCGCUAUAGAUACAGGGGACUGAUGAUUGACGUUGCCAGAAAUUUUCAUGGGAAAGAAACCAUAAUGAAAUACAUUGACGCCAUGGCUAUGUACAAGCUGAAUAAGCUUCACUUUCACUUGACAGAUGAUGAGGGAUGGAGACUGGAAAUACCUGGCUUGCCAGAACUAACAGAAAUAGGAGGCAAGAGAUGCCACAACCCUUCAGAAACAGUUUGUCUUUUACCUUUUCUUGGAUCAGGACCCCAUUCUGUAGCUCCAGGGUCUGGAUUCUAUACAACUGAAGACUAUAGAGCCAUUCUUCGCCAUGCUGCAGCCCGCCAUGUUGAAAUUAUUCCUGAGAUUGAUAUGCCAGGACAUAGCCAUGCUGCCAUUAAAGCCAUGCAUGCCAGAUUUGUAAAACUUGCUUCAAGUGAUCCAGUAGAAGCUGCAAGAUACCUUCUGUCAGAUUUGCAGGAUGUAUCCCAGUAUGCAUCAGUACAAAAUUUUAAAGAUGGAGCAGUGAAUCCUUGCAUUCAGUCUACAUAUAUUUUCAUUAGCAAAAUUAUGAAGACAUUAGUAGAACUCCACCAAGAUAUAAGCCCACUCAAAACUUUCCAUUAUGGUGGAGAUGAAGUUCCAAGAGCAGCCUGGAUAGAUUCUCCACUUUGUAAGAAAUUUGAUGCAGAAAGACUUGAUAAGUCUUUAAAGCAGGUUUUCGCUGAGAGUGUCAGCAAAAUUGCUGCUCGCUACAACUUAGAUCUUGCUGCCUGGGAGGAUGGUCUUUUGAAGGAAGGAACACCCCUGCCCAGAAGUACAUUUUCUCAAAACAACAUUUAUAUUUAUGCUUGGAAUAAUCAGUGGGCAAUACAGCAAGCAAAACUAGCGUAUACAUUUGCAAAUGCAGGAUACAAGGUUGUGUUAACACCAGCCACAAAUACAUAUUUUGACCAUCCAUAUGAACCAGACCCAACAGAGAGAGGAUUGAUUUGGGCAACACGAUUCAUCAGCACAAAAAAGGUUUUUACCAUUACACCAGAGAAUAUCUACACCAUUGAAGGCACUACAAUGAGUGGACAGCAUAUUCCAGAGUGUUUACCACAGAUCCAAGACACUCAGUGUCCAGCGCUGGAAGACAAAAAUAAUAUUGAAGGAAUUCAAGCGUCACUGUUUGGAGAGCUUUUACGAAAUGAGCAAAUUAUGGAUUACAUGGUCUUCCCACGAUUGCUUGCUUUAGCAGAAAGGGCAUGGCAUGCAGCCAACUGGGAAAACGAACCUGACAAAAUUAAAAAACAAGCAGACAUGGAUGAAGACUGGGUCAAGUUUGCAAACACUCUUGGUCAUAGAGAACUGGCUCGGCUGGACAGUAGAGGAUAUUUAUAUAGAAUACCACCCCCAGGUGCAAUUGUCCACACUAAUAAAGUGAAAGCUUCGGUAGAAUUUCCUGGUCUCCAAGUCCAAAUAUCAACAGAUGAAGGCAAUACAUGGACUCAUAUACCUCCAGAAGGUAUAAGCAAACAAGCUGAGGAAAAAAUUAUACUUCGCACAAAAGCAGCAGCUAGUGAUCGCUACAGUAGGAUUGUCCAUUUGGAUUACCAAGGCGGAAAACCUGGUCUUUCAGCUAAGUCAUUCAAGAAAUUAUAA